AUGAGCCAAAUUUUAGCACUUUCUUAUGCUAUCUCUGUAUUUAUUCUUGGCUCCGUUACACUGGCGCAUUGGGUUUCUCAUCGUGGUGACAAGAAUGCCCACAGGAAUUUUUUGAAUGGUAUCGUUCGGUGUUCUUUUGGCCUCCUUGGACUAGUACUCUGUGGCGCUUAUAAACAUUAUUCUGUUGAUGAUGAUGAUGCCAACAAUGAUCAUCAUGAUCAUGGUUCUGGUACCAGUAAUGACCAUGUUAUUAUCAACAUCACGGAGCUGCCCAAUGGUGACCCCUCCAUGGCUCCAUCCGCAUCCGAUCAAUCCCCGUCGUUGAUUUCAACACUGGGAAAUUUGAGGACAACGUCGAACGUGUCGUUUGUCUCUCCGAGCUCGCCGGCGGAGACGAAGUCAAGGUUUUACCGAGCUGUAAACAUGGGUUUCACGCCCAAUGCAUCGACGCGUGGCUUGAGUCGCAGAGUAAGCCUGUUCCACUUGUUCUGA